AUGAGCGAUGCUGCUCGUGGCGAUGGGGAAGAGAUGACGGAGGACGUGGAUGCGUUUGGCUUCCUCAUCGGCGCAGAGGAGACGAAGGGCGUGACGCAGCUGGACAAGAAGAGGCGGCAGAAGAUGAGAAGCAAGGUACGGGAGCGAGAAGCGAAAUGGCUGCGCAUGCUUGAGUCCGACACGCGAGGGGAGUACGAGCGCUGGCGCAAGGUUGUUCGCCGGUGUCGCAAAGGCAUUCCCGACUCAAUGCGGUCGCGCGCGUGGUGGUGGCUGACGGGAGCCAGCCUACGACAGCAGCAGAGCGAGAAGACAAUGGAGGAUCUCCUGUUGGAGUCGAUGGACAACAACCAUCCAGCACAUCCCUUCAUGGACGUCAUUGAGCGCGACCUUCACCGCACGUAUCCGGAGCACAGCAUGUUCCUCGAGGAGCACCACGUUGGACGCUCGGGCAUGAAGGACGUGCUGCGCGCAUACGCCGUGUACGACCCAGACACGGGAUACUGCCAGGGAAUGGGCUUUGUUGCUGGCCUCUUGUUGAUCCAAGUGCCCAAGGAGCAGGCCUUCUGGAUGCUUGCGGAGCUCAUCAACAAUAAGUACCUGCAAGGCGUGUAUCGGUCUGACCUGCGGGAGGUGAAGAUCUUCACGACGGCAAUGGACCUCCUGAUCAAGGCGAAGAUGCCUCGAUUGGCACAGCAUCUGGAGGAGCAGGGCAUGUGCUCCAUCUUGUUUAUGGUUGACUGGUUCAUGUGCGUGUUCACCAAGACAUUGCCAUGGGACUUGGUGCUUCGAAUCUGGGACAUGUUUCUCUGCGAGGGUCGUGUGGUGUUGUUUCGUGUUGCCGCUGCGAUUGUGUACGUGAACCGCCACGCGCUGAUUAAGAAGUGCCCCACAAUGGAGGAGUUGAUGCCGUAUCUGCGCAAACUUCCGCGUUCAAAGUGCACCGUUGACACCCUCAUGCCACUCAUUCUCGAGCCAGUUGUAUCGGAUUCAAUGAUUGAGCAGUGUGUGCAGGAGGCAGAGACAACACAUCCGCCAAAGCCGAAACCAAAGCCUGCAACGCCACAAGUGCAGAAGAAAGACGCGCAACGCGAGGAAACGCAAGAGAAAGCGGAUGAACACAAUGAAGAAAAAACGCGCCACGAAGCAGAUGGCACGCAACAACAACAACAACAACAACAACAACAACAACAACAACAACAACAACAACAACAACAACAACAACAACAACAACAACAACAACAACAACAACAGCAGCAGCAGCAGCAGCAGCAGCGUCACAGUGGCGAUGCUGAGCCUCCGUCGGCUCGCACGAGCACCGCGUCCGAGGCCACCGCCGAAGACAAUACGGCAGCGGCCGUCGCACCACUUGUUGAUGGUGUUGGUAGCGGCGGUGGCGACGACCAUGAAGGGAAGCGACAGGCGGAUGCAAACGACGAAGAGCUGGAUGAAGAGGAGAGCCUAGGCGAUCAAGUUGUGUGCACGCAGCUUGACGCCGGUGAUGAUGAUGAUGACGAUGAUGAUGAGGAGGAAGGCGACUCGUCUGUGUCUUGGGUGUAA